AUGGGGCCCCCAGGCAAUAGGGGAUCAUGGGGCCCCUGUGUCCUUGCCUAAACUCAAAAACUCAAAAAAGCCUAUAAAAAAGGUACCAGGGGCAUUUCAUGGUGCCCCCUACUGACCCAGGGCCCUCGGGCAGUGCCCGAGUGCUCGAAUGGUCAGUCCGCCCCUGGGUACAAGUGACCAAACAGAGUUUACUACCACUUUAUUACCUAUGCAAGUGCUUGCUCAUUGUCCUGAUGUGAACCAAUUUCUCCCAAACACUUACUUAUUUUGAAUAUGUUUGGGAUAUAGGGGUGAGAG